AUGCACAACACAGCGGAACACGCUCCGUCGGAGUUAAACGUGUUCACUUCGGAUGCCUUUGGAAAAGCAACGAUCCAACGUUAUCUGCCGACUUCCACAUGUUUAUGGGAAUUUUCUACAACACAAUUUUUACUGCGGAAUUAUACGGACACCAGAUGGGAUAAGCGAAUAUCGAUCUCCAACGAGCAGCUUUAUCAGAGAGGCGUUGAUCAUUCGUUUCAGAUUCGCACACGAUCCUGCACGUUCCCCCUUCAAACAUGGCAAUGGACCUUGAAGCUUGGCGGCUCUUCCUACUCUAACAGUGUCGAUGAUGUGCUCAAAGCUUAUCUCAUAUCAGAGGAUAUCGACCAGCCAAGGUCGAUCGAAUACAUGCUGUCGAUUGUGGAUGAGAAGCGAGUACUACGAUCAUUCUCUAGCAAGAAGAACUUCACUAAGACGAGGUACUCGAGCGAGCUGGACAUCGAUAGG